AGCCACACAAAAUUCCCUCCACACGUAUAAACAACAUUUGAGCUCUCUUUUCUUCUCAUAAAAACCAACACACAAAAAACACACUCUAGCUUAGUUCACACACAUUUUCUACGGUCCAGAUUAAACCAAACUCAUUUCCAAAAAUGGGCUGCGCUUCCUCGAAAAGAGUGGAGGCUGCCGUGGACUACAAGCCGGCGCCGGCGAGCUACGCGGUCUUCGACAUCAACGCCAUCCAAGAGCCGUGGCUCGUAUUCGACAAUACGACGUUGCAGGAGCAGCAGCAGAGCCACGAAAAGCCCGCGCAUGUGCCGGCCCAAAUCCUCGACAAGCUCAAAUCGUUAGAAACCGAAGCGGAAGCAGCCCCUCACACGUGGGACGAGGUCAGCAAGGCCCUAGAGGACUUCAAGCCCAAGACUGACCCGAAGUCUAAACCCAAGCCCAGCCCAACUCCUUCCCCGACCCAGGACGAACAGACCAGUAGUAGGAAGCCCCGUAAGAGCCUGUCCUUCCACACGCUCGAUGAGCUCGACAAGAAGCUCGCUCCGAAACCGGCCGACUUGAGAAAGAGCGAGUCGAUGCGGUCCCUGUGGAAGCUAAACACCGAGUCGACCCGGUCCGAGUCACGAGUUGACUUGGAGGCUACUCAGGCGACUCAGUCGGCGGCGGGUUACAUCAAGCCGGUGAAGGAGAACAUAUUCAUAAUGAGGGACAGGCUGGAGAGAGAGAAGGAAGGCAAGCUCGCGGUCUACGAUAGGCUGAUGAAGAGCAGGCGGGACCCACUGAGCGAGUACCCGGAGAGGUGCCCGCCCGGCGGCUCCGACUCUGUGGUGGUCUACACGACGUCGUUGCGAGGGGUGCGGCGGACGUUUGAGGACUGCCAGAAGGUGAAGGGGGUGCUGGAGGGCCAUCGGGUGGUGUACGACGAGCGUGACGUGGCGCUGCACGGCGAGUUUCUGGGUGAGCUGAGGGGAUUGCUGGGUGAGGAGAGCAAUAACUCCGACGGCGGCGUGGGUGUGCCGAGGGUUUUCGUGAAGGGGAGGUAUCUGGGUGGGGCUGAGGAGGUGGUGGAGCUGAACGAGUCCGGGGUGUUUGGGAGGAUGGUGAAGUUGGCAGGCGUGGAGAGAGGGGUGGGGUGGCGAGCGUGCGAGGGGUGCGGUGGGGCCCGGUUCGGGCCGUGCAUGGAGUGUGGCGGGAGUUGUAAGGUGGUGGUUGGGGAUAAGAGGGAGAGGUGCCCCAAGUGUAAUGAGAAUGGGCUGGUGCAGUGUGUGGCUUGUUGGUCUUUAACGUAAUUUCAAUGGAGUUGGGUAUUUGUUUCUCUUUUUAUUAUCUUUGAUUUCAAUGUUGUGUAUAAGUUUUUGAUUGGUGUUUAAGAAAAUAUACACUAUCCUGAAUCCUGAUUCCUGAGUGAGAUUUGUAAGCUCUGGUAAAACAGAAAGACGAAGAGAGUGAUUUGUAAAGAACUGUAAAAUGUAUAUAGUGUGUACAAUUUAGUGGCAAAAAGUAUAAAUAAAUAUAAAAAAUAUUAGAGGGCCCAACCGGGUUCGAACCGGUGACCUCUUGAUCUGCAGUCAAA